UUUCUUGACAUCUCCGAGGAAGAGACAAUGAAGCUGUUGUCUUCCAUGGACGACUCGGGUAAGUCCUACACCGCCCUCCAACUGAACUCGUAUCCACCGUGCCCUGAUCCAGACCAAGUCAUGGGCCUUGCUGCCCACACCGACACCUCCCUCUUCACCAUCGUUCACCAGGCAUGCAAUGACGGCCUCCAAAUCUUCAAAGACAAAGCAGGCUGGAUUCCGUUGUCUCCGAUGAGAGGUUCUUUCGUUGUCAACGUUGGCGACCUUCUCCACAUUAUGUCGAACGGGCGGUUUCGGAGCAUUCUUCAUCGGGUUACGAUACAAGGGAAGAAGGUGCAUAGAUUUUCAUUGGCAUAUUUCUAUUAUCCACCACCUUAUUUAUAUAUUACACCUCAUUGCAAGGCAUUGAGUGAAUCACCACAAACUCCUCUCUAUCGCUGUGUGAGUGUGAAAGAAUAUUUCACCAUGAAGGCCAAAAACAAUGGGGAGGGACUUUCUACCAUCAAAAUAUGAUCACUCAAACCCCUUUUGUCUUCAUUUUCAAAAGGGUUUCCAAAGAAUUAGUUACAUUUAUAAGGGUUUGUUUUUAAUUGAUCCUCAAGUUUGAUGAUCACACAGCUAUGUAAUAGUUUGGAAACCUAGCUUGUUUACGAUUUGAUUUGCAAAUUCUAUCAAAGGAAUCGAUAACGGAAAGAAAAAAUCGAGCAUCUUACAACAUAGCAUUAGUAUUUGAGAGAUUAUUCUCGAGCUAAGAAAUCUCCAUGAGUUCGUUGAGAUAUCUAAACAGGUUUUUUUUUUUUUCCGAGGGCCACACACGAAUGGAACAAAAACAAAGCUAAAAUAGAGUGGGAAGGUUUAUAAUCCAAACUUUUACAUCAGAUACCGAAAAUAAUAGUUUAGUCCUAAUGAUAAUUUAGUCUCUAUACUUUCACAUUUGCCGACUUUACUUUCCUCAAUCAUCGACUUUUCUACCUGUUAAUUUGAGUUGAGUAUACUGCUAAAGAUUAGACAUUUAUUACCCUUUCUAAGGCAGAAGGUUCCAUCCCUCACUCCUGGUUAAAUAGUCUUUUCAUACUAAGCCCUUAUUAUCCUCUAUUUAAUUUUCUUCGUCAGGACCUAAAGGUUUUCCAAAAAGGACAAACAAAAACUUCAUUAGACAGAGGUCCUACACUCUUAAACAUAAUAUCAGCUGCAGCAGCUCAGAUAACUGGUAUGUGUCCAAGACAACUAAGGAAUUCAAAUUAUGUGAGAUCUUACAUCGGUUGGAGAGAAAGAACAAAGCAUUCUU